ACCCAUAGACUCAUUUUGUACUCUGAAAACUCCUUGAAAGGCUCUCCCGUGUUGUUAUCAUGCUGCAGCAAUUAAAAGGGUCUGGUAGUGUCCUUAUUUUCCAUUGGUUGUUUCAUUGGUGCUUUAGUCUCAGGAGCAUUGUCUGAUCCAAUUGGUCGGAAGCUAUCAAUCAUUGUGGGUGGAGUAGUCUUUUUUAUUGGAGGUGCCUUGCUAGCAACUUCUUUUAAUUUAUGGAUGGUAUUGGUUAGUCGAGUGGGUGCUAGGAUUGGCGUAGGAACCUUUUUUCUCCUUAUAUGUACAUGUAGUAUAUUGAGUAUGAUUGCUCCUGUAUAUAAUGCUGAGCUGGCACCAAAGACUUUAAGAGGAAGGCUAGUCUCAUUGAACCAGCUCUUCAUCACAGCCGGCAUAAUGAUCAGUUUUUGUGUCAGUGUUGCUGUUCAUACAGUUGAUUUUGGUUGGCGGAUAGCACUGGGUCUCCAGUGUGUGUUAGCUGUUGUACUUAUCAUUGGAAUGGUAUUCUUACCAGAGACACCCAGGUGGCUAGUGAAGAAAGGGAAGAGCAAGAAAGCAGAUAAGACCCUCCACAGGUUACGUAAGGACUACACUGAGGAAGAGAUAAAGGAAGAACUGAACGACAUUGAGUUUACUGUACGGAACUCAAACAAUUCUUUAAGGGACGUAUUUGCUGACGUAUUUAGAUGGAGGAUACUAAAAAGGAUACUUUUGGGAGUUAUACUGCAAAAGUUUCAGCAGUUGACUGGAAUAAAUGUCAUCAUGUAUUACUCAACCUCAAUAUUCUGCAGUAUAGACGUAUCCAGUUAUGCUACUACAGCAAUAGUGGGUGUGGUAAACUUCUUGACUACUCUCAUCACUCUCUUUAUCGUUGACAAGGUUGGUCAUAAGUCCCUGUUGCUAGUAGGGGCACUGGGUAUGUGUGUAUCUAUACUGGCAGCUGGUCUCCUUAUUCAUAUCUUUAAUGUUGAUGAGGAGAGAGAGGGAGGGAGUGAAGAGGAGAGACAGGUUGUUGGAUAUUUUGUGGCUUUCCUGAUUGUACUCUUUGUGGCUUUCUUUGCAUCUACCUGGGGGCCAGUUGUUUGGGUAGUGACUAGUGAAAUAUUCCCUCUCUCUGUUAGAGGUGUUGCUGUUUCAGUCACUACUUCUGGUAACUGGAUUGCAAACUUUUGGGUUGCUAUGGUAACCCCAUUACUUCUUGGUUCUGUACUAAAGACGGCCGGUACAUUCUACAUACUGGCAGGGUUUCUCUUUGCCUCAUUUUUAUUUGUGUUGCUAACACUUCCUGAAACAAAAGGAGAGAGUUUAGAGAGAAUUGAUGAAUUGUUUCUAAAGCUAUGGCUACAGAGGAUUAACCUAUUCUACUAUCUGAGGUGUUGUUGUCCAUGGUCUAAUGCUUGUAGGGUAAGGACUGCACGAAGAGAACACUGUAGCCAUUGUUGGUAUAAAGAAUGAGAACAAAGAUGAUACAAGUGAUGAGGCUGAAGAUGAUGAAAAUGAGUCACUGAUAAAGGAUACAGAUGUCCUUGAGUCUAGUCUUUCAGCUAAAUUUGACAAAUAACGGAUCAAGCAACCUUUGUAUCAUUUUGUGUACUAAUAGCAUCAAGUGUUUGAUUUUUAUGAUGCAGACAGAUUUUAUUAUUUUGCUAUUAUUUUUAAAAAUUUAUGCAUGCAGCAGGUUGUACAAUGUAA